AUGGCAGUAGAAACGACAGCGUUGCCAUCAUCCUCAGCAGUUCCGGCGGCCCCGACGAAACCGCUGUACGAGGCUAGCACGCAGUACAACCACUGGCGCUUCUCGCCCGAGCAGCUCGCGCAUACAAGGGAGACCCUCAACGCCGCAGCCGUGGCAGCCAUCAAAGACACAUUCGAGGCUGAUUCGGCAUCGCUGUGUGAGCUUACGCGUCGCCAUGGUCGUCAGCCGGGAUCAUCUGCGGAUAUCGCAUUCUUAGCUGCGGGGGAGGAGCAGUUACUCGUGAAGCUGUACAUCAGUAAGAUACCCCAGCUAUGCGGGCACUUUCGGUUUCCGGAGGAGGUGGAGGCUACGGCUGUCAGUUAUCUGAAACGAUUCUACCUGAAGAAUACCGUCAUGGACUGGCACCCGAAGAAUGUGAUGCUGACCGCAUUGUUCCUGGCAACGAAAACGACAAAUCAUCCAAUUAGCAUCGAGGCUUUCACCACGGCCAUCCCUCGGACAGCUCCUUCAGAUGUCUUAGACCUGGAGUUUCUCGUGUCUCAGAGUCUGAACUUCGAGUUUGCCGUACACCAUGCGCAUCGCGCGCUCUGGGGCCUUUGGCUCGAUGUACAGUCUCUGCCUGACGUGCCGCAAGCCAUCACAAGGGACACAUACGAAGCCGCGUUAACUCAUGCUCGAGCAGCGCGCCUCACGGACGCAGAGCUCAUCUACACGCCUUCGCAAAUCGCUCUGGCAUGCCUACAUUUGGUUGCGCCCGAGACGGCUGCCCAAUGGGCGCGCUCGAAGGGUAGCGAAGCCGUGCUUGGGAUACUCGGUGCCAUCGGACAGAUGAUACGGCGUGAUGGCACCGUCCCGCAAACGGAUAAUACGAUGCGCGAGAUCGAUCGUCGACUGAAAAUAUGCAAGAACCCGGAGAAGGUCGUGGGGAGCAAAGCUUACAUUGCGAAACAAGAGCGGGCUGCGAGGAAGGCGGAGGCGAAACGGGUGCGCAAAGCGCAGGCUAUCCAGAAAGCCGUCGACGAGGGGGAUCCGUUCGGGAAUGAGCUGGCUGGCUCGCAAGCUGGUGUGGACCCGGACGACGACGACGAUGAUGAUGACGAGUAG